AUGAUGUCCAUGAACAGCAAACAGCCGCAUUUUGCCAUGCAUCCCACCCUACCUGAGCACAAAUACCCUUCUCUACACUCCAGCUCGGAAGCAAUAAGAAGAGCAUGUCUACCAACUCCACCGCUGCAGAGCAAUAUCUUCGCCAGCCUCGAUGAGACCCUACUGGCCCGGGCCGAGGCUCUGGCCGCCGUUGACAUCGCCGUCUCUCAGGGCAAGAGCCACCCGUUCAAACCGGACGCCACUUACCACACCAUGAACAGCGUGCCCUGCACCUCCACCUCCACCGUGCCCCUGGCGCACCACCACCAUCACCACCACCACCACCACCAAGCGCUGGAGCCCGGCGACCUCCUCGACCAUAUCACUUCUCCUUCUCUGGCGCUCAUGCCCGGCGGAGGCGGCGGAGGCGGCGGCGGCGGCGGCGGCCACGACGGGGCGGGCGGCGGAGGCGGCGGGGCCGGCGGCGGCGGGGGAGGCGGCGGCGGCGGCGGGGGAGGCGGCGGCCUCAUCUCCACCUCGGCCCACCCUCACUCGCACAUGCACGGCCUGGGCCACCUCUCGCACCCGGCUGCCAUGAACAUGCCGUCGGGGCUACCGCACCCGGGGCUGGUGGCCGCGCACCACGGGGCCGCGGGGCAGGUGGCCUCGGCAGCGGCGGUGGUGGGGGCGGCCGGCUUGGCCUCCAUCUGCGACUCGGACACGGACCCGCGGGAGCUGGAGGCCUUCGCCGAGCGCUUCAAGCAGCGCCGCAUCAAGCUGGGGGUGACCCAGGCCGACGUGGGCUCGGCGUUGGCCAACCUGAAGAUCCCGGGGGUGGGGUCCCUCAGCCAGAGCACUAUCUGCCGCUUCGAGUCCCUCACCCUCUCCCACAACAAUAUGAUCGCCCUCAAGCCCAUCCUGCAGGCCUGGCUGGAGGAGGCCGAGGGAGCCCAGCGGGAAAAAAUGAACAAGCCCGAGCUCUUCAACGGGGGCGAGAAGAAGCGCAAGCGGACUUCCAUCGCCGCCCCGGAGAAGCGCUCCCUGGAGGCUUACUUCGCCGUCCAGCCCCGGCCCUCCUCGGAGAAGAUCGCCGCCAUCGCCGAGAAAUUGGACCUCAAAAAGAACGUGGUGCGGGUUUGGUUUUGCAAUCAGAGACAGAAGCAGAAACGGAUGAAAUUUUCCGCCACCUAUUAG